AUGGACCAUUUUUUGGAUAUAGAUAAUGAGGAUAGGAACAACAUUCCAGAAGGACAAGAAAACGGUUUCCAGCAACAAAUUCAACAAUUACUGCAAUUAAUGGCGGGCGCUCUACCUCAGGCAUUUCAAAAUAAUCAAAUACGGGAAAUGAACGUCGUCACAUGUUUUGCCUGUCAACAACCGGGGCAUGUUUCUUGGGAAUGUCCCAAUAUAAAUAAUAAUCGACGCCACGGUCAACCAACAAAUGAGGAUGAAGGACGAAGACAUGAAGGGAGAGAAGGGAAUGACAUAGGAAGUAGACCUACUGUGGAUGAAGUAGAGGUAGAAACAGUGUACCUAGGCGAGGUGAAAGAAAAAAAGGAUAUCAAUCUAGGCCCAUUAACGAACGAACAAGAAAAACAGAUGAGAUUGUUAUUAGAAAGAUAUAAAGAUACUUUUAUAGAAGAUUCAGGCCAUGGUCUCCCGAUUAAGCAAAAAUUUUAUCCCACUUCUAAGCCCGAACAUGAAUUUAUCAGUACUGAAAUUCAUAGAAUGCAAAAGGCUGGAAUUAUUCGACCAUCAACCAGUCCAUGGGCUUCACCUAUAGUUCUAGUAAGAAAGAAAAACGGGAUAUUUCGAUUUUGCGUGGAUUUUAGAAAACUGAAUAAGUGGGUUUUGGCAAAUAGAGAUGCACCCACGGGAUCGAGAAAAAACGGCCUUUACUUCGUGAUUUGGUUUGUACGAGUUCAAUGUGAUGCCCUUCGGGCUCACAAAUGCGCCUGCAUCGUUUCAAAGACUUAUGGAUCGGGUAUUACAGGACAUUCUUUGGAAAUUCGCAUUAGUAUACAUUGA